UUGCCAUAUUCACUGCUCGCCUUGACGUGCAUUGAUCACAAAUUGAUGAUGACAUGAAGAGUCAGGAGCCUAAGGAUAUAAUACACAAGAAAAUAGCAUGGACUAUCGGCAACUUUAGUUCAUUAAAGACCAAAACUGAACACGUUUCUGAGGUUUUCAUGGCUGCUGGUUGUGCUUGGAGACUUUGUAUGUACAAAGGAAGAUUAGAUAGGAAGUCAUUGGCUAUAUUUUUGGAAGUAGCUGAUGCUUUGAGUUUACCUCAAGGUUGGAGUAUAAAUACAGCCUGCACUAUCAUUGUGGUUAAUCAAGUUUACAGUAAAAAUUCUAAAAAAGCAGAUGUUAAUAAUUGGGGUUAUCCAUCUUUUAUGGAAUUGACUACACUUCAAAACCCAUCUAAUGGCUAUAUUUUGAAUGAUAAAUGCAUUAUUGAAGUUGAGUUUUCUAAAGUAAGCCCCGUAGGCACUCAAGCAUUGGUCCCAAAAGAUGAUGAUGUCACUGAGUUCAAAGAUUUGGGACUAAUACAAAAAGCAUUGGUUCCACUACUAGAGGAGGCUUGUUCAUGGCAUCCUUCAUUGAUGGACUAUAAGCAAAAGGGAAGUCGUAAGUUUACUGAGUGGGCAUUUACUGCAUUGGGUCGAGUUCUUCAAUUCUUGAAGAACAAGAAGUGGAAGGAUAUGAAUGAGAACGCAUGUGAAGAGCUUCAAUAUUUGUUGGAGGAGCUUGAAAUGAGUAGAUUAGACUUGAAGUGGUUGGAGCCUCUUGUUAAAUCUGCUUUAAAUAUGAAAGGAUAUGCUGAGAAGGUAGAGACAAUGAAAAGGUUGAAGCAAAACCUAGUGGUGUUGGAGAUAGAGAUGAACAAGACAAAGGAAAAACUAGCUAACAAAGAAGAAAAUGUUGAGAUGAUAAGAAAAGAAUUGGUGAAUGCAGAAGACAACUUUGAAGAGAAGGAUCUAGAUGCAAAAAUUGGGUAUGGGAAAUCCUAGUCAUUAUAUAUGCGUUGAUAAUGUAACAUAUAGAAGUCCUAGAUAUACAUAAGAAGUUCAAUU